UCCUCCCUUUCUUCCUCCCUGUCUUUCUCGCUUGAUAUUUUAGGGUUUAGUUCUCUGCAACUUCUCUCAGAGAUCUUAUCAUAUUUGUCUUUUUGAUCUCGGAUAACUGCAUUUUAGAGAUCACUUAACGUGGGAUUAGAUAUUUGGAGCAUCUUACUGAGGAUAUCAACCUUCCCUUUCUUGAUGAAUCAUGUGUGAAUAAUGUUCAGUCACCUGCUAUAAAUGCAGUGUAGCUUUGGGGACGAGAAGUUCUCGGGAGACCUAUGCUUGAUGGACUGCUUUCCUAGCAGUAGUGACAAGAUAACAUUGAAGAGGUGGUUUUUCAUUGAUAAAAGGGUUGGGUAGAAAGUGCGCAUAUAAUUCUGUGGUUUUAGCCUAGAGGUCGUUAGCAUCAAAAUCUUAGGUUCUUUUUCACCUCAGAAGUACUUUGCAAGUGAUCUGUAGAUUCUAUGGAUAUCAAGUCGACUAAUCCAUCUCCAGUUUUAACUGAUCCUGCACCUAUAAACAAGUCAAGGCUCGGCAUCCAUUCUAAUCUUUUGGCUUACUCACAAUCAGGAGCAUCUUACGCCUCUGGAAAGCAUAUUAAUAUUCCUAGGAAAAAGCCAGGAAAGCUUGAUGACGUUCGCUCCAAUGGAUGGCUGGAUGCCAUGAAAUCCUCAUCGCCCCCUCGUAAGAAGCUUAUCAAGAAUUUCAGCAUUGAAGUUGCUUCAGAUGAGACUGACAUUGCCUACUUCUCCUGGAUGCUUAAGUAUCCAUCAGCACUUAACUCUUUUGAGCAAAUUACCAAUUUUGCCAAAAACAAGAAGAUUGCAAUGUUUCUAGAUUAUGAUGGGACUCUUUCUCCAAUAGUUGAUGACCCAGAUCAGGCCCUUAUGUCUGAUGAUAUGCGUUCUGCUGUAAGAAAUGUUGCUAAGUAUUUUCCAACCGCAAUUAUUAGUGGAAGAAGCCGUGAUAAAGUAUUUGAGUUGGUAGGACUAACAGAACUCUACUAUGCUGGUAGUCAUGGGAUGGACAUCAUGGGGCCUAUCAAUAAUUCGGUGUCCAAUGAUCAUGCAAAUGGCAUUAAAUCUACUGACCAGCAGGGCAAGGACGUAAAUUUGUUCCAGCCUGCUAAAGAAUUUAUAUCUAUGAUCGACGAGGUUUUUAGAACCCUUGUCGAGAACACUAAAGCCAUCAAAGGUGCAAAAGUUGAGAAUCACAAGUUUUGUACUUCUGUACAUUACCGUAAUGUAGAUGAGAAGAACUGGCCCACUGUUGCGCAAAUUGUGCAUGAUAUUCUAAAGCAGUAUCCUCGUUUGAGGUUAACCCAUGGACGGAAGGUUUUAGAAGUCCGUCCUGUGAUCGACUGGAAUAAAGGAAAAGCAGUUGAAUUUCUGCUUGAAUCUCUUGGUCUGAGUAAUAGCGAUGAUGUGCUCCCAAUUUUUAUUGGCGAUGAUCGAACUGAUGAAGAUGCAUUCAAGGUGCUUCGAAAAGGGAACAAAGGUUAUGGCAUUCUGGUGUCUCCUGUACCGAAAGAAACCAAUGCCUUUUACUCCUUGAGGGAUCCAACAGAGGUAAUGAAAUUUCUCAAGUCAUUGGUGAGAUGGAAACAGCUAGGAGAAGGGGGACGCUCCAUGAAUAACAGAUGGAGCAUAUAAGAAUCACCUUAUUGUAGUACUAGGGCAUUUCAUUGUUUUAAAAUUUUAGAGGAUAAUAAUUCGAUGCAGUCGAAAAGCUGCAUAAUUCCAACUUUUAGUUGCAUUUUAGAAUUAAUCUUAUAUAAGUAUUUAUGGUCAAGUUUUUCUUUUUCUUUUGUUUUGGUCUUUCCGUGUACCUUGUAAAGCCAUUUUCCUACAGGGUCUAGUCUAGUUCAUCUUUCCAAUCCGAGUCCUGAUUAUUUCAUUUUAUAUAUUUUUCAUGUGUAAGGUGGAAAAUUUGUUGAAUAAUGAUUUUGUGAGUGAAAAGGCCUCUGUAUGCAAUUCACUAUA